GUAUCUAAAAUUUUAAAUUUAUUCGAUUUAAUGUAUCUAGUAAUGAAAUCUACGAGUCAAAAAUCUGUAAAACAGGAGGAGUCAUUAACACCGAUUUUGACCAAAAAGCGUUAUUCUACAUCCGUGGAGACAAAAAGGCUAUCAAAGAAUACAAAGAAUGUACUUAAAAAUGAAAAGACGAAUGAAACAAUUUCAAUACCCCCCAUGAGAGAUUUGGAUGUUUUAGAAAAAAACACGGUUGAUCCUGACACCAAACCAUUCUACCAUGGCAAUCCAUUUGUUGAAAAACAUCGUGGGGUUAUGCGUUUGCAUAAAGAAAAUUUGGAAAGUUCUGAACAUCCUCCAAUAAAUAAUUGUUGUAUGCUUGUUAUGAUGGACAUUCCUGCGUUUUUUACUUGCCGAGAACUAGUCAGCUUUGUCCGCCCUUCAUCUACACAUAUUUUACUAAUGAAAAUAGUUCGUGACGAAACAGCUAAUAAAUAUAUGGUUACUAUAAAAUUUAAAACCCCGGAGUCAGCAACUAAAUUUUAUGAACAAUAUAAUGGCUUAGAAUUUAAUUCAAUUGAACCGGAAAAAUGUUCUCUUCGUUUUGUUGAUACAAUUGAAGCGGAAGGAGGUGAUUCAACAACGUUUACAGGAUUAAAUGUUGAUCCUGCAUAUGGGGAGACGCGUACUUGUUCUGUUUGUUUGGAAAGAAUGGAAGAAGGAAACAAUAUUAAUCACUCAUUUCAUGCUAAAUGUAUUAGUCAAUGGGCGGACACAACAUGCCCUAUCUGUCGUUAUACACAAACACCUGAAAUUGUUCCUGACCAGAAAUGUUUUGAUUGUGGACUCACUUCUGACCUUUGGAUGUGUCUAAUUUGUGGAAAUAUUGGUUGUGGUCGUUAUGCAGCAGCACAUGCCUAUAAAUUAAUUGAGAGUUCAACUGAUGGAAAACCUGUUGAAUAUGAGGGAGUUAAUAAUGAUAGUUUUGAAAAAGAAAAGGAGAAGAUAAGCGCUGUUCAACUUGAAUAUACUUGUUUAUUAACUAGCCAACUUGAAAAUCAAAGACUUUUUUAUGAAGAAAAACUUCGUGAGGCUGACGAACGUUUUAAUGAAUAUAGUAGAGAGGCUCAACAAAAAAUUAAUUCGUUGGAAGCUGAAUUAAAAUCUACUCGAAAUGAAUUAGCUUCUACCAGCGCCGAACUCGUAACACUUUCUAAUGCAAAAAAACAACUUGAUAAAAAAUAUUUAUCUUCACAAACAAAAUGCCAAACAUUACAAAUUGAACUAGAUGAAGAAAAGCAAAUGAGUAAAUUACUUAGAAUUGAUAAAGAACUUCUUUCACGUCAAUUAGAAGAAACUAAUCAAAAAAGAAAAAUUGAAGUGGGGGCUUUAGAAGAACAAAUUCAUGAUCUUUUGUUACAUUUUGAGACUGAAGCAAAAAUAAAUGAACAAGUUGAAAAUGGAGCAAUUAGUAAAGAAGAAUUGGAACAAAGUAAUGUAGAAUUGAAAGAAGAUGUUACCCCCAAAGUUUUAUCUAAAAAGAGUCGUCGCCGUAAAAAAUAA